AGUAUGUUAGCAAGGCGGAAAAUCCUGUGGGUAUUGUUGCUGCUGAUUGGGGCACGCAGCUUCACGGUCGAUGCAAAUGCGUCGUCUUCUUCGCUGUCGCACCAGCAGGACUGCACAGCCAUCGCCAAGGAUGAGGAAACUUUGCUUGUGUUUUCUACACUGGGCGGUGGAUUAACCGCAAUCGAUCCCCUAACGGGCGAAACGCGCUGGUCCAUAGACGACGAGCCGGCCAUUCGCGUCCCGACUCCAUCCGACAUGUCCGCCCACUAUCUGCCAGACCCGCGCGACGGCAGUCUGUACCGGAUGAACGGGCUCGAGGGUGGUCUCAAGAAACUCCCGUACACAAUUCCGCAGCUGGUUGCGAGCGCCCCGUGUCGGUCAAGCGAUGGUAUUCUGUACUCCGGCAAAAAGAGUGACGUCUGGUUCCUCGUCGACCCGAAGACGGGCCGGCGGGAGAAGGUGCUCGGUUUUGGCGGCAGUCCACCGGCGAAAGAAGGCCCCCCAGACGCGGGUGGCACAUCGGACUCGAUCGGCUGGGCAACUUCCCGUGCGGUCUAUCUUGGCCGCACACAGUACACCGUCAUGAUGUAUGAUAGCCAGACGUCCGAUCGGAACAGUAAACCAUGGAAUGUGACAUUUUUCGACUACUCGGCCCACUCGAUGGCACCAGAGCUGAGUAAAGAGUAUGAAUUUUUGCACCUUACCAGCAGCUCCUCCGGCAUGACGGCAACGUUUGAACAAAAACAGGGCACACCUCUCUGGCAGAAGGAUCUGUCCAGUCCAGUCGUGGCCGUUUUCCUCCUCAGUUCUGAAGGUCUGCUAAGUGUGCCCUUUCAAACCGUCUCGGACGAUGUGCUGCAGGAAAUCAACGAACGAGCCAAGAGUGGCAACUUUGACGAUUUGAAACUAUUUGAAACCGUAUACAUUGGAGAAGCUGGCAAUAAUCUGUACGCAAUUCCAUCGCUGGUGGAUAAAAAUACGGCCACCAUACCAUCGGAACCUUCUAUCAACUUACUUGGUGGACCAUCGAAAGCACGACCAGCGUUAAGCAAAGUUGAUGGUCGUGCACAGCCGGAUCAAGUAACCUCCGAUGGCCGAGAGCUUAUUUCGAAAGCCUCUCGAACGCGGGGUAAAAACGAAAAUAUCAUCAUAUUAGGCCACUAUCAAACACCCAAGAUCGAUGAGAGUAUCAAACUUGACAUUACUCCAAGUUCCCCGUCAUCCCUAGGGGGAGGUAAGGGAUUCUGGAAGCACCAUGAAUUGUCCACCGUUCUGGUAGGUGGUGGAGGUCUCGACCCACCGGACGUGGGACUGCCGGAGUUGAACACUAACACGAUCGGGGUGCAGACGGAUGAAAAUCUUGAGUACGGGGAGACUAAUGAAACGAAAUCCCAACAAGUGGAAGAGAACCACACGGGACUGUUGUGGACGUUCUUCGGUCGCAUCUACUCCGGAACAAAACAAUGGCUCGAAACGCAACCCAACAAACUGCCCACGAUUCUACUCAUCAUGCUCUUUGGGCUGGUCAUCUUUGGCUUCUGGUAUAUUCACCUGCAAAUGAAGGCACUGCAAGAGCAAAGUCAGAGUGGUUCACAGACGAGCAACUCCAACCGAAGUGGAGCCGGUACCGGCAGUGGCGGUAGUGGCAGUGGCAGCUACAGUGAACCGAUCGAUUUCGGCGAUGGAGAGAUGCGGGUAGGCAAGAUUAAUUUCAACACACAAAACGUACUCGGCAAAGGUUGCGAAGGAACUUUCGUAUUUCGUGGCAUGUUCGAGAAACGUGAGGUUGCGGUAAAGCGUAUUUUGCCGGGUUGUUUCACGCUGGCGGACCGAGAGGUAGCCCUGCUACGGGAAAGCGAUGCCCACGAGAAUGUGGUACGAUAUUUCUGUACCGAACAGGACCGCCAAUUUCGGUACAUCGCGGUUGAGCUUUGUGCGGCCACGGUGCAAGACUACGUUGAUGGCAAAGGUGCAUCCACGGUGGCGGCUGCGUCUACGGUGACGGUUGGUAUGCUGCGAAAGAAGAUUUCCUCCAUUGAUAUUCUGCGCCAAGCUACGAGCGGGCUGAUGCACCUGCACUCGCUAAGCAUUGUGCAUCGGGACAUUAAACCACAGAACAUUCUGCUUUCCCUGCCCGACAACCGGCAGCGUGUCCGGGCGAUGAUCUCCGACUUUGGCCUGUGCAAGAAACUAAACUUUGGCAAAGCGAGCUUCUCACGUCGAUCCGGCGUUACCGGUACGGAUGGGUGGAUCGCACCGGAAAUGCAACGGGGCCAACGGGCGACCACCUCGGUUGAUAUUUUCUCGCUCGGCUGCGUGUUUUACUACGUGCUUUCGGAUGGUUUCCAUCCGUUCGGCGACAACCUUAAGCGCCAGGCGAACAUUCUUUCGGACGAGUACGAUCUGGGGAUGAUGCGCCGUGAAAACCCUCAACCGGAUAGUCGCACGGUGCUAGCCGAGGAACUCAUCGGCGACAUGAUACAGGCCGAUUCAGCUAAGCGACCGUCGGCACGGGCCGUCGCUAAUCAUCCGCUGUUUUGGGGCAACGAGCGGGUGCUCGCGUUCCUUCAGGAUGUGAGCGAUCGGGUGGAAAAGCUGGACGUUUCAAGCGAACCGUUGCGAUCGCUGGAGAAAAAUGCACGCUUUGUGGUACGUGACGAUUGGAGUAGGCAUUUGGAUACGGAAAUCACGACUGAUCUGAGGAAGUUCCGUGGCUAUCAAGGGUACAGUGUGCGAGAUCUGAUGCGUGCCCUACGGAAUAAGAAACAUCACUAUCACGAGCUAACGCCCUCGAUGCAGCGGUCCCUCGGAUCGAUUCCACACGAAUUCACCCACUACUGGCUGAGCCGAUUUCCCCGGCUUCUGUCGCACAGCUACCACGCCCUUGCGGAGUGCUCACGGGAACCCAUCUUUCGCCACUACUAUACGCAUGAUGAUGACGAGCAUACCGGUAGCACAAGCGGUGCAAUCGUUCCGGUGGUCAGCAGUGGUGGAUAUAAGUUUACCAAACCAUCCUACUUCACCCGGGACGACAACGAUAAUUACGAGCUGUUGCGAUAUUACGAGAUUUCGCAGGCAAUGAAAAAUGCCACCAAAAGUCCUAAGCGUCGCAUGGACGGGAAUGGUGGUGCUGGCGGGCAGGAGGGUUCGACACCGGAAAGGAAGCCAACAACGACCAAACGGGGCACGUACAACUUCAGCAAACCAUCUGGCACGUUUACGACUGGAGGGUUUAUCACACGCCAACAAAUGCGCGAGAACAACGAUGCUGACGGGGCGACAACGGUGUUGGAUGCUGGUGGGGAGGUGAUGAAAUUGCCAUCAGAUGGUGAUGCUAAUCCAAGGCGCAGGUAUACCGCUCCCCCCGCUAGUGUUAGUGAUAAUGCCCCAACGGUGACUGCUAAUCAGAACAACAUUAUCAGACGGCGUGAAGCGCAGGCGAAAGUCACGUGGAAUCUUGAUUCUAUCGUGGCUCAGAAGGAACCGAAGGAGAUAGACGAUAACGUUGGCCCAAAAUGAACACCAUACGGUUGAUUUUGACUGAUUAUUAAUUGAACAAGGUACGGGGUUCGCUUAAGGUCCAAAGUGUACGUCACACGCAGGCGUAUUCUAGCUUAGUUUCAUCCUUGGCGAUGCUUAAAAUUAUUUUCCAUCUCAUUGGUCUGUGACUCAGUAAUACGUUAGAAGUUAAAUUUUGCUUUCAACCAAUUAUAAAUAUAAAGUGCAAUAGAAGAAAAUUCUUAUCUUACACUUCGUUUGAAUGGCACAACAAGUUACAAGUUAGCAGUUUUAUUUAGGUCAGCUUUACAAACUUGUGUUAUGCAUCAGCAACAUGUUUGCUUUAUCUGUAAGCUGUACAAACAUAACGACCAUAACAUGAUUCGUUCACCCAUCAGGUCAAUUCGAUACACGAUCGGGUGAAAUGCAUGACGCGAUGUUAUCGCGCUCUUUGCUUUUACAGUUGGCGUGUAGCGAUCAUGUUGCUAUCGUUCUGGUCUUGAGUCUACCCGAUAUGCGCUACAAGAGCUCCAGAUCCAUCAUGAAGUUGUCGAGUGUUGCAAGAAAGUUGUCGAUAAGUGUGGCUUUUUCUAAGCCCUAUAUCGCUCUAAUCGGAUCGCGUAAUGUAACAUAACAAAUAGCAUUUUAAUUUGAUAGCCAAUUCGUUCGAGCUCAAUAUUAACCGACCAUUCCGUACCGCUUGUGCUUGCGACAUACAACUAGAGGGGAGUGGAAUAAGUUCUUUAUAGUUGUAGCCGAUUGCCACACUGACCGUCCUCUAAGUUACCGUUUGCGUACCAUGGCCUUUUACAGACUGGCCACUUAAAUCCAAUUUUCAGACAAUUUUUUUUUCUGGUAUCAAAAUGUUUCAAAAAAAAAAAUGUCGAAGGAAAAAAAUGGUCUCUAGUAAGCACUUUGCGACAUUGUCUGUGAUAUCGUGCAUGGUAGUGUUUAAGAAAUUCGAGGGAUUCGCCUAGAGUAGUUAAGGAAAGUUUUCGGUGCAGAAGCACAACAUGCACCGUGACUUUUACCACAUAAUGUUUUAGUGAUAAUUUUCUUUACUAAAUACUUUAUAAAAAGUUUGCACGGUACUACUUGUUUAGAAAGUUCUUUAUGGAUCAACUUAAGUAAUAACGAAUAACUUUAGCAUACCUUUCACAACGGGGUACGAA